CUGUUGUCACUGGGCAGGCACGCUACACAUUCCGUGCCGCCCUGUGCGCACCAGCUCUGCGCAUACACGGUGAGCCGCUCACUCUCCGCUCCUAGCCUUGGCUUUGAACUCUGUCUUCCACCCUCGCCGCCACUCAACCCAGCUUGCAGUCAGUGUUAACAGCCCAUAGCCAGCAUGCAGAUCAAGGCUCCCCGUGACUGGCGGCCUGACGAUGCCAAGGCCAAACAAGUCAAUGCACCUCCUGUCCAUUCUCGAUACCGAAAGUUUGACUUGUACCGUAAUGUGCAGCAGUUCUACCACAUUGACAACCAUGCAGUACAGGUGGCACAAACAGAUCAUGACAACUUCAUUGAUCUCAUCUGGCAUUUGGUUUACAGCUCCAACCUGCAGUCAGAUCUUGACAAGUGCAGAGCAAUAUUUCGAUGGAUGACAUCAAAGAAUAUGUACACCAUCUCUUUCCGAGAUGGUGCCAAACCUGGGAGCCCAGAGGAGGUUCUGCAGUCUUUCAAAAACAAACAGGGCACAUAUGCUCGCAUCUUUGAAACCAUGUGCAGGUAUUCUGGUGUGACUGCCGUGGUGCUGACAGGCUUUGCCAAGGGACUGGACUAUCGCCCUGGUGACAAGUUCAAGGGAACAGACUACAAUCAUAGCUGGAAUGCUGUACUGAUUGAUUCCAACUGGUAUCUGGUUGACUCACACUGGGCCACUCGUUACCUGGUCUCAGAGAAAAACAUGCCAGAGAAUCUGGUGUAUGAGUAUGAUGACUUCUACUUCCUGACUGACCCAGAACAGCUGAUUUAUUCUCACUGGGCACACCCAGAGUGGCAGCUGUUGGUGCGCCCAAUCACACUGGCUGACUUUGAGAAUCUUCCACUUGUCAAGUCCUAUUUUUUUAAAUGUGGCAUGUUUUUUGUCUCCCAUCAUAAUGGAGUAGUGGAAACAAAGAAAGGUCGAAUUGCUUUGACACUUGGAUACUGCAAGCCCACAAACUUUACAUACAAGAUCACUUUUGCGGAUACUGGAGAAGAGACAUACCAGGGACAGAAGCUAAAAAAUUUUGCUUUGCAACAUCAUGGUCAAAACCAGACAGGUACCUUUGUUUUCCGUGCACCAAAAGCUGGCCAGUACUAUUUUACCAUUUUUGCCCAACUUUUGACAGGGGAACUGGGUGUCAAGAACAUCUUCACUGCCUCCUGUGAGUACAAGGUAGUUGCAGACACUGCUUCAAGCGAUGCUGCUCCUCUCCCAGCAUGCUCAGAUUCCUCAUGGGGUCCAGGUGUGGCAGUUGACCAGCUGGGGCUUGUAGCCAACCCUCCUGAAGGCAUUGUCACUACAGAAGAUGGCCAGGUCAACCUGGAGUUUAAGAAGACAAAGCCAGCUUUUGUUCUUUGCAAGCUGAGAAAAAAUGGUAUGCGCGAUGAGGAACUAGAGAAGUGCAUUACUGAGAAGGACACUGGGGAUGUAGUUCAGGUAACAGCCACUCUUCCUGCAAAAGGUGAAUACGGAAUUGAAGUUUAUGGUAAUGACCCUGCUAAAGAUGGAGACACUUACACUCACAUCUGCCAGUACUAUGUGCACUAUGCCUCUCCCAAAGAGCAAGAGCAGGCUUUUUACCAAGAAUCACCAGAUCGCCGAACUGCCGUAGGAAAGACUGGUGGCACUGCCACCGCACCAGGUGCUUACCGACCAGGUGUUGCAGGGUUGGCAAGUGGUACAGCCAACUUAAACCUUGAGGACGCAGAUAACCUUCCUCCUCCUCCUCCAGAGCUUUUGCAGCAGCAGUACUUGUAUGGUACCAUGCCUGAUACUCGACAACAGGCCAUCAUCACCCACUAUGCACCCUCUCGUGGCCAGGGCUACCCAGCAUAUGCUCCUGGCUCGGGACAGAUGGACUUUGGUCAGCCUCAGCAGGCUACUGUGCAGUCAGUCCCAGCCAGUACAAAGCCACUGGAUGUGCAGCAGAGGUCCCUCGGUCAAGCACCUCCUGCUCCCCCACAGGACUUCCGCCUGAUCCCUGUUAAGCAGGACAAAGGUGAUGCACCACCACCUGGGCCUGCUGCUGGUGGUCCCCAGCAGAAACCCUCUCUGGAAGCCAUUGACCGACAGGUCCUGCAGAGUGUGGAUGACCAUGCCAUUCAGGUGUCCAAGUCGGACCACAAUAGCUUCCGUGAUUUGGUUUGGGAUCUUAUCUAUUCAAAGAAUAUCACAAAUGAAAUUGAAAAAGUGCGUGUCAUAUUUCGAUGGCUUGCAACUAAAAACUUGAAAGAAAUGAAUUUUGAUCGUGUGGAGAAGGGCAGCCCUGAGGAAGUACUCAUGGGGCUGAAGACAGGCACAACAACUUAUGCAAUGGUCUUUGAUACAAUGUGCAACUAUGCAGGACUUCACUCCAAAAUCAUCAGUGGUUAUGCCAAAGGUGCUGACUACACGCCAGGCAUGAAGUUCUCACCAGGCCAGAACCAGCACUCUUGGAAUGCAAUCUAUAUCUAUGGCACCUGGUGCCUUAUUGAUGCACACUGGGCAGCACGUCGCAUCAUUGGCAAACAAGCUUCUACAGAAGAGUUCCACUACCAGCUUGAUGAGUACUUCUUCCUGCCAGACCCUCACCAGCUCAUCUACACCCACUUUCCUGAUGACCCACGGUGGCAGCUGCUGGAAAGACCCGUCACCCUGGAAGAGUUUGAGAACAUGCCUCACAUGAAGCCACAAUUUUUCAAGUAUGGCCUGGAGUUUGUGACUCACCGCACUGCAGUCAUUUACAGCCGAGGUGAAAUACACAUUCGCCUUCGAUACCCAGCACAUAGACUUGCAGUGCUUUUCAGCUUCACCAUCCAGUUUGAAGGUGGUGUGGAGGAAUACAAUGGUGUUAAGCUGAAUAGGUAUUGUAUUCAAGAAAGCACAGGUGGAAUUGCCUCUUUCUCUCUUCGUCUACCCUGCUCAGGCUCGUACAUGCUUUUCAUUUAUGCCAAAGAGGACACACCAGAAACCAAGGACUACAAUUUUGCCCAGGUCUGCGAAUACAAGAUUGAACAUGAGGCAGUAUCUGAUGUUCCUCCCGAACCCUACCCACCAUGCUCAAGCUCAUCCUGGGGUGUAGGGUCUGCAUUCUACCGCUAUGGCCUGACAACCUACCAGCAGUCAUGCACAAUCUACACACGGGAUGGCAAAGCUGAGCUGCAGAUCCGCCAGCCCUGUCCCAUGCAGUUCAUGGCCAAGCUGAAGCACAACCGCAUUGGUGAUUCUGAGCUGGAGGCGUAUGUUAUCCACCGCACAGUUGGGAACACUGCUUACUUCAACAUCACUGCCCCAGGACGCGGGGAAUAUGGACUUGAGAUUUAUGCUAACAACCCAGCAACAGAGGGCCAGACCCUCUACCAUGUAGCCCAGUUUCUUGUGCUGUGCCAGGAAGAUGUCAAAACAACACCAAUGCCCAAAUUGCCACCUGGUUACUUGGGAGCUCAGCCCAAAUUUUCUGAGUUUGGUCUUGUUGCUGUCUCCCACCAAGACCCCAUCAUUCACCUUGAUGUCAACACAGUCACCAUUCAGUUUAAGUCUGAGGCGCCUAUGCGGGUGACAGCGAAUCUCAUCUCUGUUGAGCAGGAGGAGGAGUUCCCAGACUUCGUUUUCUCUAAUACUCUGGGAUCGUACAUCACCUUCAUAGCAAAUCUUCCUACCACUGGCUUCUUCAAGCUGCAGAUUUAUGCAUUGCUCAUUGCCGAUAAGCGACAGGAACUUCCAGGUGUGUACAACUAUCUCAUCAACUGCCAGCAAGUCACUCAGGCUGUCUUCCCAUUCCCAAAACAGUAUGCUCAGUGGAAGGAAGGCUGCUAUAUGGCAGAACCUGGUGUCAUCCCCACUGUUAGAGGACCAUUUUCCAAUCAGGUGCAGAUUAACCGAUUGCCUGAGAGCGUAAACUUCAGAGUGAAGAUUCCUGGUGCUGAGGCUGUUGCUGUUGUUGCCAGCAAUGAGUGGACACACCUCAAGCAAGGCGAAGGUGACGAGUGGAGUGGUCCUGUUAAAGUAUCUCAUUGUUACGGCACUAAUUCCAAGGUCACUCUCAAUGCCAACUUCGGAGGUGACAAAACCAGUUAUGCCACAUUGCUGGAGUAUGUACUGUAACCAUUCUUAACAGAGCUUUUGCUCACAUUAUUUCCCUUCCUUCUCCACCACCCUUACAACCCCAAAACCCCAGGAUUAGGAAGGGCAACAGAAGGUUUUUUAGUGCUGUUACUUCUUUUCGUCCCUGUUAUCCAUGACUUUUCAAAUUUUGUAAGUUUCACUGCACUUCCAAAGUAAUGCAUACACAUGUAUCUGGCUCUUUUUGCAAAAGAUGUAUUCAUCCCUCUGCUUAUGGGUUAGAAUUAGUUGAGAUGCUUGAGAAAAAUGUUUUUUAUGCAAGGCUUCUGUUAGUUGCAUUCCAGUGUAACCACAAAACCUCCUGUAGAGCUAAGUGGAUAGUUUUUCUCCACUAAUUUUUAAUCAAGUAGAUAAAGAUGUAAUUCAUCUUUUCUCAGUAAAGGAUGAAGUGUUGCAUGACUGGGCAUUUUCUUAUUGAUAUUUACUAAAACUUAUUGUAUUUUAAAUACUUCUUGUAAAUCACUUGUUCAAAGUACCAGAACUCUGAUUAAAUUAGACAUUUUCCUUUUUUAUUUUUUUUGAACUCUUUUAAAAGUUUUAAUGUAUUGAAGUAUAUUGCCUUCUGUUACUUUGAUAUAAUUUUAUAAUUCAGCUAUUAAGAAGGAAGAUCACUUUUGCAUAAGGGCUUCAUGAACAUCAUAAAGCUGGUAUUAACAUGUAUUAAAGAGGAAGAAAAUGCACUAGUGUUGGCUGGAAUAAAUUUAUGUAAUGGCAGACAAUAUUUGGCAGACUGGCAUUGAAGCUUUUUGUUCAAUAAACAGCCACUAAUGUGCUUUUUUUUAAUGGCAAACACUAACAGCACUGUGAAUUUUUGUAUUUCAAUUGUUUAUGCACAUUUUAAAAGAAAACACAUCGGAAAAGAUGAUCGUGAUACCCAGCUUUAUUUUAUAAGGGUAUUUGUGCACUACAACUUCAUAUCCACUAACAGCAUCAUCAUAAUGGACUUUUGAAAAUAAAGCUUAUUUUAGACAUUGUUACAUGCUGAGGGAAUGAGGCUGGAAGCCAGCAGGAGGUAAUGAGAACACACUUGGUAGAUCAAAACAGAAAGACAUCAGGUUUUUACUCUGCUGAUAGGAUUGAGUCAGGUUUUUUUUUUUUUUGAUGCAAGUUUUUGAGUCCAUGCAAAGGUGGCCUUUGUCAGACUUUGUGCUUAAAAAGUGAACAUCUGUCUUAUGACAGAGCAUCAGCUUAGUGCAUUUAAUCAUAAUGACUGUAUAUGCUCUGUAGCAAACUAUUCUGAUUUGCACUAUCAUUGUGGCCUUGUGUGCUUGCUUGACCAGAAAUUAUAUAGUUUGUUCCCAAGCACUGCCUCCUUUUCCAGUUCACAAAGUUUGUUUAGUGGGAACAAAAUUGUUGCUUUAACAAAUCGAAUGGAGAGACUUAAGCCCAGCAUGGGAUGCUCUCUGGCGGAUGUUUAUGUCACCCUGCACAUAUCAGUGGUGGCGUUUAUUCCUUGCUGAUUUUUGUUGGCAUGAUUAUGCUUGUGGAUCACUGAUUUUCUUUUUGUACAGUGCAAACAUGGACCGCAUUUCCCUAGUUUUUAUUAUGCAAUGCAGAGUAGAUAAUUGUUGUACAUGUUAAUAUGUAAUUAUUUUGAGAAAUGUUUACAUUAAAAAAUAUAUUUUUUUUGUUGCUUUGUUAAGCACAUAAAUCACAAAGUUAUACAUUUUAUAAGCUUUCCAUAUUGAUUCAGUUACAUUUGUGUAACAGUUUAAGCAAUUUUUCCUCGUUUGGAGCUGCUUGAUGCAGCUCUUCUCUGCUUCAAAAUUUUUUUAAGCCUUCUGAAAUCUUUGAGACAUCCUUUUCAAGGCACCUUGUGUUACCCAGGGAUUUUGUUUCUGGUUUUAUUUUUCACUUCUCCUUUUAUCCAUUAUAUCUGGACAGUAAUUCUUGGAAUGAAUAGGAUCAUCCUCAGCUUUGCCAGAGUGCAUAGAUUUUCUUUAACGCUCUUUCAAUCUUGGAUCAUGUGUCAGCUGUGUACACAGCUUUGCCAUAUGGACAACAAGUGGUUGGUGUUUCAAGGAAGCACUCGGAGGAAUUGAAGUGGCUGUGCCCAAUCCACACUGGUAGUAGAUUUGCCUGAUUCAACCGUGAUGAAAGUUUGCUGUCCUUAUCAUGUGAUGGAGUGUAUGCUCAUUUUGAUAAAGGAGGUUCCAGUUUUUAACAUCUGUGCUUGUGUGCUUUUGUCAUUGUUCAAUACCUUUUUAUUGAUUCCUUUUAUAUUUGCCUGUUAUUAGCUUCCAGUCUGCACAAGGUCUGCACUAUUUGUGGUUCUUCCUAUCCCUUCUACUGGUGCUAGAAGUGACAUGCUUUAUAAUGAACACAUAAAUGAAAAUAAUCUUGUGGUUAUAACUUAUCUAUUAGUAGGCUAUUUACAAUAAACUGCUUUUUUGCAAUACCA